AUGGCGGAGGACAGCGAGUCCGCGGCCAGCCAGCAGAGCCUGGAGUUGGACGACCAGGACACCUGCGGCAUCGACGGAGACAACGAGGAGGAAAAUGAGCACAUGCAGGGCUCCCUCUGUUUCUUUGCAGAUGAGGUGGUGACAACUCAUGGGCCAAUUGAGCCGGAUAAAGAAAAUAUCAGACAAGAGCCAUAUUCCCUCCCACAGGGCUUUAUGUGGGACACACUGGACCUCAGCAACGCUGAAGUGCUUAAGGAGUUAUACACUUUGCUGAAUGAAAAUUAUGUUGAGGAUGAUGACAACAUGUUUAGAUUUGACUACUCUCCUAACUUUCUGAAAUGGGCGUUACGUCCCCCGGGUUGGCUGCCCCAGUGGCACUGUGGUGUCAGGGUCUCGUCCAAUAAGAAGCUGGUUGGGUUCAUCAGUGCAAUUCCUGCUGACAUCCAUAUCUAUGACACGUUGAAGAGGAUGGUGGAGAUUAACUUCCUGUGCGUGCAUAAAAAAUUGCGCUCAAAGCGUGUCGCUCCUGUACUAAUCCGAGAGAUCACACGGCGGGUCAAUUUAGAGGGAAUUUUCCAGGCUGUAUACACUGCUGGUGUAGUUUUGCCCAAACCUGUUUCUACAUGCAGAUACUGGCAUCGCUCUCUAAACCCCAGGAAGCUUGUGGAGGUUAAGUUUUCCCAUCUCAGCAGAAAUAUGACACUACAACGGACAAUGAAGCUCUACAGAUUACAUGAUAGCACUCGUACUCCUGGUUUGAGGCAGAUGGGAGAUGGGGAUAUGAAGCAGGUGACAGCAUUGCUGCAGAAACACCUGAGCCGGUUCCACCUGCGGCCUGUCAUGGGGGAAGAGGAGGUGAAGCACUGGUUCCUACCACAGGAGAACAUCAUUGACACUUAUGUAGUCGAGGGCUCUGGCGGGAUGCUAACAGACUUCAUCAGUUUCUACACCCUGCCAUCCACAGUGAUGCAUCAUCCACUGCACAAAAGCCUAAAGGCUGCUUAUUCCUUUUACAAUGUCCACACAGAGACGCCGCUCAUAGACCUGAUGAAUGAUGCUCUCAUCCUAGCUAAACAGAAAGGUUUUGAUGUUUUCAAUGCGCUGGAUCUAAUGGACAAUAAGGCUUUCUUGGAAAAGCUCAAGUUUGGGAUUGGUGAUGGUAACCUGCAGUAUUAUCUGUUCAACUGGAAAUGCCCUCCUAUGGACCCAGAGAAAGUAAGAUUCUUU